AUGGGAGGCUACGACGGCGCCGAAACAUGUGAACUCGUGGGAAACUCUCUCCUCUCCCAACUGAAGGAUCUUAAUAUAAACGUAGGACUUUACCGAGACGACGGACUAGCCAUUACAAACGCCACACCUAGAGACACAGAGAAUAUUAAGAGGAAAAUAUGCCGCAUCUUUAAUAACAACGGACUACGCAUCACCAUAGAAGCUAACAAACAAAUAAUCGACUUCCUAGACGUCACAUUUAACCUUAACCGAAGCACUUAUCAACCAUUCACAAAGCCGAAUACUUCACUGCAAUAUGUUCACCGCGAGAGCAACCAUCCGCCAACAACAACAAAAAACAUUCCCGCCGGACAGGAUCAUGACGGACAAGUUACGCUGUCCAGCGGUGUUCAGCAGUGGACUGUGCCGUACACUGGUGACUACAGAAUAAAAGCAAUAGCAGCCGCAGGAGGGUACGAUGGACGCCCUAACAGUAUUCAGUACCGAGGAAGAGGAGCAAGAAUGAUUGCAACGUUCCGCUUAAACAAGAGUGAAGUCAUUCAGAUACUUGUUGGUCAAGAAGGAGGAAUAAACACAGUCGAGAGGUCUUCUGGAGGUGGUGGAGGAACGUUUGUAGUGAGAGGAGCCAACAAACCUUUGAUAAUAGCUGGAGGCGGAGGAGGGGUAAAUGCAGCUGAGUCAAGACAUAAAGGAUGUGACGCCAGCAUAGACACAACAGGGAAUCGUGGAUACAAAUCAUGGUCAGGGGGGAGCAAUGGACAUGGUGCACAGACUGCCGAUGAUCAUUCAGGUGGUGGUGGUGGCGGGUUUUACUCCAGUGGAAGAAGUGGAAAGAAUUUUAAUGGAACCAUAGGAUAUGGUGGGGAAGGUGGUAAGGGAUUUAUUCAGGGAGGGGUGGGUGGAAGAGCCAUUCUUCAUGAUAUCGAUGGUGGGUUUGGUGGAGGUGGUGGAGGUUUUGGAUGGGGAGGAGGAGGAGGAGGAGGAGGAGGAGGAGGAUACUCUGGGGGAAGCAGUGGAAAUAAGGGUGAUGACACCUGUGGGGGUGGGGGAGGCUCUUACAACAUUGGAAACAACCAGGACAAUGAAUGUUGUUACAACAACGUUGGUCAUGGUCAAGUGACUAUUACGUUCCUAGAUUAA